AUGUUAUUAUGCCGUCUCACCAUAAGAACGCUUCACCACAGCCACAAUCGCUUCCCGAGCCCCACGAUAUGCACAUCACAACGAACAUGGCUCCAAGCACCGAGGAGCUACAGCAGUGCAUCAGGCGGAGACCAGCAAGAUGAAGAGCUAGAUUUAUCCAGACUACCCGCCGACUCAGCAUACCUGGACUUUCUGCUCGGUCCAGCAGACGCCUCAUUAGCCAGCUCUUAUGGAAAGGAGGUGGAGAAUACGUCUGCGGCUGCCAGUACAAGGUCUGAAAGCAGCCACAAUGCUCCCAAUGCCAGAACAACACUCUCGCUACGUCGGACACGGCGUGAGCAGGUCAAGCAUGCGCUUGCAAACGCUAGCAGACGGCGCAAGAAAGAUGUUGCUUCCAAUGCUAAGAUCCAGCGCACAGUCCAGCAGAUCUCGCAGUGGCACUUAGACCAUGAUGGCCAGGAAGGACCGACUGUCUCUGUCAGGCGGUUAGUACCAGCGGUUGCACCGGCGCGUGAAGCUUCGCAACUCAGUGGCUUGGAGCAUUGGUCGCUCAAGCUCAAUCGGAGACAGCGGGCGAGCCUGCAGCGUCGUACUCGUACCAUACGAUCGGCAGUGACAAGAUCUCAAGGUACAGAGAAAGCCAAGCGGAACCAUGGACAGAACGCCACGCCGAAGCACAAUUCACGUCGGAAAAGACUUGCGCAGCGUAUGGGGAAAGAGCCGGCAGCGUACGCAAGGCCCAAUCAGCCGUUCUUCAUGUUACGGCUCUCUCAUACGCAAGACUGGCAAGAGAACUUUGCCAAAUUGCAAAGCAGUUUCGACAAGCGGUCGUCCCAUUAUGGUCAAGAGGUCUCGCUCCCGAAGCUUCACCCAAAUGCUGGCGCCUGGGCCGCUUUUGCUUUGGAGGCGGGCAACAGCGGGCGGUUGUGGCGACCUGCUCUUGGGAAGGAUUUGCCUUAUGUCAACCUCAAGAAGAGAUGGUAUUGGGAACAAGCGGCUCUCUGGAUCCUCUCACAUGAGCCUGAACGCGCAGUAGAGUUCCUGGUCUCUACUCACAGAUGCUGCAAUGCUAGGACCGUGGUGAACAUCCUCCAGCAUCUAGCCGAUAAGUUCACGCAUCCUCAGGACAACACGGGCGCGAAGAACCUGGCUGCGCUAGCUGAUGCCUUUCCUCGUCUUGCAGAUCGUGGCAUUCGCCGUCCAUUGCGCAUCGGAUCGUCUUUCCUUAGACUACUCAUGCCGCAUUCUAGUCAUGAUCAGAUCAACGAGCUGUAUCGCGCGAUCAAGGAUCAUCGUGUCAUGACAACUUGGUUGACCUGGCUCCACUUUGCGACACGCUUUGCACGAAGCGGACAAUUCGAGCACGCACUUGAUGCUACCAUUGAGUCAAGUCGUGCUGGAGCAGCGCAUGACUCUACGGCUUUUCGCAGCACUUGCGCGACUCUACUUCGUGCUGCAAUCAAGGAGCCUUCUGGUCUACGAGUCUGCCUCCGGGUCAUUGACAAGUUUGUCGACCUUGGCGUCACGUUGAACAUUCGGCUUUGCAAUAUUGUUAUGCUGAAUGCUGUAGAGGCCGGCGACCAAAGGACUGCCUUCGCGGUGUACAACUCACUCGUUGAACAUGGUCUCCAAGCAGAUGCUUACACAUAUGCGAUACUACUGAAAGGUUGCAAAGCCGCCAUCGACGACGCUGACGGUCUCAACACAACGAUCCGACAUGCCAUCGAACAUAUUGGCAUAGCCAAUGAGCCUGUCGUCGCCACAGAAAUCAUCCAUUGCUUGGCACUGCAUCACACCCGGCACAAUCCGGACAAUGCAUUCGACACUAUAGCGGAUGGUUAUGCACAGCUGUUCGAUCUCGAACCUCUGCGCAAGCUCGGCAUCGUCUUGCCGCAUCUAUCAGCACGUGUCCAUCCCGACAAGCAGCGUAUGCAACCCCCGAAGCAUGUCGUUGAGAUCAUGAUUGCGGCUCAUCUGGAGCACAUGUACCAGCGAACUCAAUCAACGACCAACGCUUACGAACUAUACCGGCGCUUCCUCGAGCUUGCGGACGCCGGAGAGGAGCCUUUUCGCGCUUUGCUCGAGACAGACCAUGCUGCCAAUGCCUUCAUGAUGACCUUUGGGAAGACGAAGAAAGGUCUGCUUCAUUCAGCGCAGGUCAUCAAGGACAUGCAGCGCGAUACACGCGUAUGCUGCAGACCGACGGUGCAGACGUGGACUAUCUUCCUGUACAGCUUCACGCGCCAUGGACAAAUGAAGUUGGCUGAGCAGGUUCUGUCGUAUAUGAAGAGCAAAGACAUGACCCCGAAUGAAGUCACUUGGAAUGUGCUGACUGCUGGAUAUGCCACUGCACAAGAUGUCCAUGGCACGCUCGAUGCGUUGCGGCGAAUGGAGCGGGAUGGCAAGGUGUGGGAUAGGUGGACUGAGGGAGGCUUGAAGAGUCUGAAGGAUCAGCAGGCAUUGGCGCAAUUGACGCAGUCGCAGUACACGAUGCGCUUGCAGGCGGAUGUUGAUGCAGAUAUAAAGGAAGGCCUGCGCGAUAGAAUCUCUGCUCUUGAGGCGGACAAGGUGGAGGAGCGGCAGCACCGUGAGGAAAGCACGGCAGAUUCGCCUGCUGAUGUAGUGGAAGCUGACGAUGUUGUUGAUACUGUAUACAAGCCUUUUUGA